UGCCUGUGACAAUAUGAAAGUGUUUAAGUGUAACCUUCGUGACUCUUACCAUACAGGAUGUGAGGUUUAGAUGUUUUUGUGUGUUAAUGCUCUCAGUGUUUUAUUGUCACCUGCGCAGGCAGCAGUAGUGAGUGCGUUUGCACAGACCCUGCGCCGCUACACUUCUCUGAAUCACCUGGCCCAGGCAGCGCGAGCCGUCCUGCAGAACACGUCCCAGAUCAACCAGAUGCUCAGCGACCUCAACAGAGUGGACUUUGCUAACGUGCAGGAGCAGGCGUCCUGGGUGUGCCAGUGUGACGAGAGCGUCGUCCAGCGUUUGGAGCAGGACUUUAAGGUGACCCUGCAGCAGCAGAGCUCUCUGGAUCAGUGGGCCGCCUGGCUGGAUAACGUUGUCAACCAGGUGCUGAAGCCCUAUGAGGGCAGUACCAGCUUCCCCCGCGCCGCACGCCAGUUCCUGCUCAAGUGGUCCUUCUACAGCUCCAUGGUGAUCAGAGAUCUGACUCUGCGCUCGGCCGCCAGCUUCGGCUCCUUCCACCUCAUCCGCCUGCUCUACGAUGAAUACAUGUUCUAUUUGGUGGAACACCGUGUCGCCAUGGCAACCGGAGAGACUCCCAUCGCUGUCAUGGGGGAGGUGAGGAGAUCUGAUGUUUCAGACCUUCACGCGAGAAUCUGACCGCUUGUGUUUCGAGUUGAGCUCAUGCAGGUGUUUCUUUUGGCUCCGUGGCUCUUUAUGAAAAUAAAAUAUUGCGGGUGUGAAAAGUGUGUUUUCAAGGAGUUUAUUUAAAUAACAGUGUCCAAGAGCAUAUAUACAUGCGUCAGCAGAAUUUUUUUCU